AUGCCAAAGUUGUAUGAAUCCUCCUACUGGCAGCUAUUCGAAUCUGUACAACCCUUAUUCGCUUCUAAUAUCCCAUGGGAAGUGCAAGAUGACAGCCAAGGGGUUGUCUCAGCAAAAAUCGCUAUUCAGAACACUGUCGAUCUGAUCAAGGCUUGCAUGAUGGAGACUCCAAUUCAUUUCCAAAUAGAAUGCGUUUACACCUUGGAUGAGAUUGCCUUUUAUAUUCGUGAUUUUCUACGACCAUUAUUAUUCAUAUUGCAAGAAUUAGUUCAUGAUAUAGUUAUGGAAAUCAAAGAAAUCGACGAGGUCGGUAGAGCCAUUUUGAUGUUUGCUUGUCUGAUGGGUAUACAUUUUAUGCCUUUGAAAACUUCUAACAGAGUACAAUAG